AUGAGUGAAAGCUUAAGAGUAAGACAUUCAGCAAAGCAGCCAGUGAAGUCUGUUACAGUUGACUAUUCUGAUGGUUCAACUAAAGUUCCGGGCCCAAAUGUUGGUAAGGAUAAUAGGGAUGAGAAUGGAAGUAUGAACAACUUCUAUUGGACCAACUAUAGAGAUCCUCAUGCCAUCAGGCGGAAAUUAAUCAUUAAGGCACAUCCGGAAGUGUUAAAGUUAUGUGGUCCCGAACCAUUAACAAAAUAUGUUGCAUCGGCAGUUGUACUUACUCAAAUUCUUGUUGCAUAUCUUUUUAGAAACACAUAUCCUUUGGACCCAUUAUUUUUGCUGGUUGCUUAUUCCUUGGGUGGUACUUGCAACCAGAAUGUUUUCAUGUGUAUUCAUGAACUUUCGCACAGUUUGGCUUUCAAGAAACCAUUAUGGAACAAGUUGUUUGCUAUAUUUGUGAACUUGCCUAUUGGCAUUCCCUAUAGUGCUUCUUUCCAGCCUUAUCAUCAGCUUCAUCACAAGUUCUUCGGCGAUGAAAAGUACGAUACUGAUCUCCCCACAAACUUCGAGGCUCGAUUCCUGUCAAGUAUUCCUGGUAAACUGUUCUUCACCACAUUUCAGAUUUUCUUUUACGCCUUGAGGCCUAUAUGUGUCGCCACUAUUCCAAUAACGUGGAUUCAUUUUAUCAAUAUUGUGGUCCAAUUCACAUUUGAUUACUUCAUUCUUAGAUAUUGGGGCAUUAAUUCCUUUUUCUAUUUUCUAUUUUCUUCCUUUUUUGCCGGAUCUUUGCAUCCAACAGCUGGUCAUUUUGUUGGAGAGCAUUAUCUCUUUGACCCACCAAAACAUUUUAAAAUGUUUGUUGAUGCACCCCCUGCUGAAACUUAUUCCUAUUAUGGUCCACUAAAUCCCCUUGUUUGGAAUGUUGGAUACCAUAACGAACACCACGAUUUUCCAUAUAUCCCUUGGACUCGUCUUCCUGAACUCAGACGUGAGGCUUCUGAGUUCUAUGAGGGUUUACCGACGCAUGAAAGUUGGAUUUUGACUAUUAUUGAUUUCGUCUUCAAGUAUGACAUUACUAUGUACAAUAGAGUCAAGCGUCGGACUGCCGGUCGCAGAUUGUUCAAACAGGUUGAUUAUGAUGACAAUUCUAAGUGA